UUUAAGCAGCUUAAACCCCUUCACCCCCACCCCACACGCACUCAGCAGACAUGCAGUUCCUUCAGUUCCUCAGAGAGAGAGGAGUGAAGAUCAAUAGUUUUGCUACAAAAGAUUUGGGAUUUGGAUUGAGGAUCACCCAGCUUUACGGCACCAGUUAGUGUAUUGUUUAGUUCCAGUGCUCCAUCUAUUAGAGCAGGAGGGGAGACUCAGUCAGCUGACAUUUUAACAGCGGAAGUCUUCAUGAGUGAGAACAAGCAGCUGCUGGACGGACAAAUAUCUUUCACUCUGCAGCUCAUCACCAUUGUAGAAGAGACUGAACCGAGAUUUCAAAUCUGCAGAUGACAGUUUCUGCAUGUUUAGCUCUGCAUCCCACACUCCCUCCCUUGCAAAUAUUAGAGCGCUUUGAUUUUUUAUUCCCAAAACCUUUUCCACAAAUCAUGUCCCCCAACAGAAGCAAGACUCCCGAGGCUACAAUUAACACCUCAGUUGUUUGAUCAUCUACAGCCUUUUUGAACAGCUGGGACCGGUUGCAAACAAUAGCAGGUGCACUACUGACUAAUCCAAUUUCAACCACACUUCCGACCUCCUCAGCAGUCCUCAUGGUGUAGCCGGCGCAGGGAGCAUCGUGCUGAAAUGAAAGGACUCAUUUUCUGUGUUUUUGCCAUCAUGAUACUCACUCCUGCUCAAGGUGACGAAGAGGAGCUGGCAGAGCAGCUACUUGAGAAGGUGGAGCAUGAGGAAGAGGGGUCGCUGGAGUGUUUCCGCUGUGACCUGGGCUUCUGGGACGCCUGCUACACCACCAAGACCGAGUGCAACCGCGGGGAGAAGUGCUACACGGGUCGAGCGAAGGCAGGCAGUCUGGACAUUAAGACGCUGGGUUGUGUGAAGGAGGAAGAGUGUGAGGCAGUGACCACCGUGGAGCUGUUCUCCAACACUACUGUCUUUGUCAUGACCAAGUACUGCUGCGACACGCCGUUUUGUAACGCAGGACACAAACUCCCGGUCAGCUUACUUGUGUAUCUGACUGGGGCUGUCUGGACCAUCUGGCACCUCACUGAAGCCUGAGCAGGAUCCCAAAAACCGAUCUGCAUGUGUUUGUGCUGUCGAACAAGACAGAUCCAGUGGCUGUGUGAAGUGUUUCUUCAAAGAACCACCACCACCAGCAGCUAAAAACUUCACCAUUAUUUCACAAUUAAUUGUGAAAUAAUUAAUACACACACACAACUGAAUUAGAAAAUACUGCUUUGGAUGUUGUUAUAAACUGUGAUAAUUAACUUUUACAUGUAAAUCAAGGUAAAUAGCAAAUCCGUUUUGUAUAAUAUUCAUUAAAUAUUUAAUUGUACAUAUUUCACUAAUGACAAUGAACAAAUCAUGGCUAAA